AAUCUGAUAGAAUGAAUAUGACUUUUGAAAUUUUCAAAUUAAAGAAAUUUAUGUUUUUUCCAGUGCUUUGCUUUGACUUGGUAUCUAGCAAAUGAUAUGCAGUUCUUUGCCUUAAGUCCCUUAUUCCUGAUUACACUUUGGAGGUGGCCGAAAAUCGGUUACGCAACUAUGACACUGUUCUUAUGCGGGUCUUGGCUUUGCGGUUUCAUUAUCACCUACCAUUAUGAUUUGCUAGCUGGAACUUUGGGUGAUAUUCGUCAUAUGGAAACAGACACAACAUAUUUGCAACGAUUUCUGGAAUAUAUGGACAAAAUUUAUUACAAGCCUUAUACUAGAAUUGCGCCAUAUUUGAUCGGCAUAGCACUGGGUUACGUAAUUUUCAAAAAGAAAAUAACGAACAUAAGUCUUAAUCGUGCUACUUUAUGGACUGGUUGGCUGCUAUCAAUUACAUCUGGUUUGUACUGUGUCUAUGGUACCUAUCACCAAACACCAAAUUUAGUGGGAGCCAGCUUUUACAAUGCUUUAACUCGCACGGUUUAUGGCUUGAGUUUGAGCUGGUUAAUUUUCGUUUGUUUAUCUGGACAUGGAGGUGUUGUAGACAAAUUUCUCUCCUAUAAAUUAUUCAUUCCUCUGAGUAGACUGACUUACUGCGCAUAUCUGAUUCAUGUCAUCUUGAUGGAUCUUUAUUCUAGUAACCAGAGACAGACGCUGGACUUCAACCAUCAGACAAUGGUCAUGUUGUUUCUGGGUCUUUUGAUGGUGACUUAUGCAUUUUCAAUGUUAAUAUCACUGACUUUUGAAUCUCCCUUAAUCAGAUUAGAAAAACUAAUAAGAAAUAAAUUUCAAUCAAGAUCAAGAACUCAAUAAGACUAUUUUUAUUUCUUUACUUAUGUGGUCAGCAGCUGUUAUUGUUAUAUGACCCUGAACAACUAUGUGUAUACUAAUAUGUGUAUUCUGUGCAAGGAAAAAAAUACAUAUAAAUGUGCUAGCAACUGAA